AUAUUCACGUGAAUUGCGUGAAGGUGGGCUCUGGCUGCGAGCUCAGGUUGUGCAGGUUGUGAGCUGAGGUUGUGUAGAAAAAUAGAUACCUAUUACCUUUGAAGCUAAGAACUGCUCAGGAGUGAAUUGGACUUCAGCUGCUGCUGAGGAGGGCCCUGGAACUCUGCAACCAAUACCCUCCCCACACCCUCUCCCUUUAUAUUGCUCACCUGUCCCCCGGUACACAUAUCCCCUAUAUCCCCCCCCCCCCCCCCCACCCACUGCAGCCAUGGAGGCAAUUGUGGCUAACGUCGAUGACAUCGUGUUUGAUAUCGAAGUGACGCUGCGGGAGCAGCUGGGCGCCCAAUCACUGCCCUUCCCUGGCAUGGACAAGUCCAUGUCUGGGGUCUGCAACUUCUUCGCCAAGGGUCGGUGUGCGCGCGGCGACCUGUGUCCGUUCCGGCACCUGCGUGGGGACAGAUCCAUCGUCUGUAAACACUGGCUCCGCGGACUCUGCAAGAAGGGGGACUCGUGCGAGUUUCUGCACGAGUACGACAUGACCAAGAUGCCCGAGUGCUACUUCUAUGCCAAAUUCAACGCGUGUCACAACAAGGAGUGCCCGUUCCUUCACAUUGACCCGGAGUCGAAGCAGCGCGACUGUCCGUGGUACGACCGCGGCUUCUGUCGGCACGGACCGCUCUGCCGUAACCGGCACGUACGCCGCGUGCUGUGCCUCAACUACCUGGCCGGAUUCUGUCCCAGCGGCGCCGCCUGCCAGCUGGUCCACCCGCGUUUCGAGCUGCCCCAGCUGACUGACGAGACGGUGAAGGGCGCUAAGGGGAAGCCAGUGACGUGCCACUACUGCGGCGAACAGGGCCACAAGGUGGUCAACUGCUUCAAGAUCACCCCGGAGAAGAGGGAGGCGCAGAUCCAGAAGGCCAACGAAAAAUAUGAGGCGGCGGCGGCCCGGUAUAUCGGAGGUGGAGCUCCUCGCAACGACCCGGAGAGGAUCACCUGCUACAAGUGUGGUGAGCGCGGUCAUUUCGCCAACCGGUGUCCGCACGGAGCCUACUCAUUCCUGAGUUCAGGACAGUCUGCCACCUCCCAGGCGCCGGCUGCCACGUGAUAGAACAGACACGUGCGCCCACGUGGUGAUGACACGUGAUAGGACUGACACGAGGCGGUGGUGUACCUGGCAACUGUGUCUAACAUGCCACGUGUGAUGGGCUGAAGGCAGUGUGUUUCGGCACGUGCCACUGGUCCGUCUUGUGUUUUCACGUGGCGUUUUGCCACGUGGUGAUUCCAGGGAUGGCACGUGGUAUUGUUUGCCAGCAGCGUCGAAGCGUCUUGUUUGCGUCUCACACACCAUUGCUGACGCAUAGACGUCGUACUUGAAAACACAAGCGGAACGCAUGUCGCUAGCUCGAUUCGUGAGUUCCGUGUUCUCUUUGUAACAUGCGACCAUGUUAUGCGUCACUUCAGAGGAAAAUGGGGUUACGGAUUCGCUAGGGCUCUGAGCUUGCUACCCGCAGCCGAUUACCUCUUGGAGUUGGAACUUGGUGAAUGCAAAGGAGCGAGUGUAUAGGGUUUGCGUGAAUGGAGGCGUCUUGUAUUUUGUCUUGUGCAUGCGUGCUUGGAUUGAUUGCGUGUUUCUCAGCGAAUGUACCGACGUUUGCUUUGUUUGUAGUGUGAAUGACGUGUGCUAGCUAGACAUUUGGCUGAAUCAUACGGCGUGAAAGGAAGUGAAUACGCACUGUGGACUCGAUAAAUGCGCUAUGCGCGUUUGUAUGCCCUCUGAGCUGUGGUAAUCGACUGUGCUCAGAAUGUUUGUCCGUAGUAUGGUGCGUGUGAUGAAUGUAUGGAGGACGGCGGUACUGCGUAUCGUACAAUCACGCGUCGUUCUUGUACUGCUGUCUUCUGCGCGCGCUGUGGCGGGCUCAUUUUGUCAGUGUCAUGUCUGAAUACACUGCCUGAGUACA